GGACCCAACCAGACAAGACAUUGGUACAGAUAAACGAUUACCUCUCUACGGUGAGAACGAGAUUUAAUAAAGGACCCUAUCUGUGACAACCCCUGAUCAUCAUAUCAGUAAACAACAUGGGAUGUUCUGAAAUGACCGUGUCCUCGUUAUCUACUGGUCAGAUGCCCCCGUCCCUACCCCCAGCGACCCCUGCCUUGUCCAGGGCAGACUGUGUCUCUCUGUGUUUCCUCAGUGCAUACUGUACCACAAUGUUCUACAACAAGGAAACCAAGUCUUGUCAUCUGAUGGAAGGCUUCAAACAGACACAGCUGGUUGCCACCUCCGAGCCCAUUGAACACCUGGUGUUGAGUAAAGCUCCUUGCCCAGUCAAGUCAGGGUAUCUGUACAGCCGGAGACUGAACAUGUGUUACAAGAAGAACACCGAAUUUACAAAAUUGACCGACGCCACACCAGCAUGCUCAGCAGUGGGCAGCUACCUCGUCAUCAUCAACAGCGCUGAACGGAACCAAUUCAUGUACGACAUUGCUGCAGAUAUAGGGCCGUUUUGGACGAGCGGGAAUAUACUGGGAUCAUCAUGGAGAUGGGGAGACAACUCUUCAAUUGUUGAGCCCACAUUCUGGAGCCCCGGGGAACCAGAUUUUCUUGAAACCGACAAAUGUCUGGCCUUCUUUGAACCGAGCCUUCCCAACAGCUGGCACACCGGUGCAUGCAGCCACCAACUACCCUUCGUCUGUGAACUAGCGAUGUAGACAGUUGCUGACACACAUUUAAGUGAUCUACUAUUUAAUAUUCUUGUGGGAUGUUUGGAUUAUCCCCCUGACUAUGUGACUGGCAUAAUCUUAACUUAACGCUAAACAAAACUGAAGGAAUGCUGUUGCGUCCUUCAGUGAUGCUGGGAUUCGCUGAUCGUCUGUUCGAAUCCCAAAUUCGUCCUGACAAUAAUUGUCCUGAUUUUGAUCCUUAUUGAGACAGAAUCAUACCCAUGGCUGGUUCAGAAAAAGGUGCCAAACUUCACUUGAUGAGCCCAUAUUCUGGAAGAACCGGACGUUGAUAGUGCAGCCCAACAAUGUCUGGCCUUCUGGGACCCGAGCCUCUCCAACAGCUGGCAUUCUAGUAACUGUUACAGACAUAUGAUGGGCUAUGUCUAUGAAAAGGCUGUGUAGAAACGUUUGUGCUUCAGUAACAUACGUGUGAGGCGUCAUAUAUAGUUGUACAGUAAACUACGGUUAUAACGAACUAAAAGAAACCACUUUGUUUAGCUUGUUAUAACCGCAAUUCGUUACAGGUACAUAUUCAGCUUAAUUACAGCAAAUGGACGGGACCUCCAAACAGUUCGUUAUAUCCGUCUGUUCGGUAUAAGCGUGUUCGUUAUAAACGUAGUUUACUGUACUUUCAAUUUACUUGUAAUUUGCGAAAGCCAUUAUCUGUUGAUGAAAAACUCUAUUAUCUAUUAUCGAUAACUUAAUCAGUUAACGUUAUGUCUGAUGGUCUUAUUUUAUAUGUCUGUAUUGCCCUUACCUUCAGUAUGCAGCAUUGUGUUUGAUCCAAAGGCCUCGUAUACAAUAAACUGAACUGAACUGAA